UUCCGGGUGAGCCGGUGGCUGCGUGCGGGCGGCGGCGCCAUGAAGCUGACGCGGCAGAAGCACGCCAAGAAGAACAUGGGCUUCUAUAAGAACAACUUCGGGUUCCGCGAGCCGUUCCAGGUGCUGCUGGACGGCACCUUCUGCCAGGCCGCGCUCCGCAACAAGAUCCAGAUCCGCGAGCAGCUGCCCGGCUACCUCGGCGGCGCCGUGCAGCUCUGCACCACACGAUGUGUUCUAAAAGAACUGCAGGCAUUGGGAAAAGCUCUUUAUGGAGCAAAAUUAAUUGCCCAAAGUUUUCAAGUUCGAAACUGUUCUCACCACAAGGAUCUUGUGAGUGGUUCGGGCUGUUUACUUUCCAUGAUUGAAGAAGGCAACCCUCAUCACUUCUUCAUUGCUACACAGGACCAGGCUUUAGCAAACAAAGUGAAAAAGAAGGCUGGCGUUCCCCUCCUCUUUAUUAUUCAGAACACCAUGGUGCUAGACAAACCUUCUACUAAAUCUUUGGCAGUUGUUCAAAAGUUGCAGACAAAUCAGCUUGUUCCAGAGUACCAAAAACAAAGUAUUGUGCAGCUUAAAGAACAAGAAGGACUAACAAAGCAAGGAGGUGAAAAGAGAAGAAAACGUAAAAGGGCAGGCGGCCCCAAUCCCCUCAGCUGUCUGAAGAAGAAAAAGAAGAAAACACAGGAGGGUCAGGAGCCUUCUUCUGAGAAGAAGAAAAGAAGAAAAAGAAAACGAAAUAGAGUUAAAGCAGAAGCUAUGCAGUCAGUGCAGAAGAAUGAAGAAGAGUAACCCCAGCUUUGUAAACAAUGCAGGACUUGAACCUUGUUUGAACUUUGCAAAAAGAAAGGUUAAUAUGCACUCAUGAAAUUAAUUGUUAAUAUUAAAACUUAUUUUUAUGAGGUGGUACAGCUCAUUACUGCAUCUCAGUGUUUGCGGGUGGUUGUCCCAGUAAUUUAUUCUGUUGUUUAGUAACUGGGUUUCUGACAAAAUAUGUAGGAACCCUCGUAUUUCAUUAUUCUCUUCAGCAUCCUGAUUCCUGUCAGACAAUUCAUGUGAUCAUUGAGAAUUCUUUAGAAUUGUUUAUGGUUCAUGUGGAUUUUGGUGGGAUACUAGACUUCUUCCUAAAUCUACGUUGCUAUUCAUACUAAAACUAGUUCUGACACUUGUUUUGGUAUAGAAUGUGGAAUUGACCUAAAUGAGCAGAGUAUCUUAUUUAUCUCUUUUGUUUUAAUAGAAAAGUUAACACUUCUGUAAAGUGACCAGAUGCUCUCAAGAAGUCCCUUCCAGUCUGUUAUUCCAUAAAUUACAUGUGGACUGGUA